CAUCCCACCUCCCGGACAACUUGCGGCUGUGUAGAGCCGAGGAUCUGUGCGCCUUGGAAGGGACUAGCUGGGAUCGCACGGCCGCUGUGUCUGCGGCAACUACAAGUGGACGUGUGAAAGUAGUGUCACUCCCUGCGAUCGGCGCCGCUGCCCAGGAGGGAGAGAUCAUGGUGAACCCAGGUAGUAGUGCCCAGCCACCCCCAGUGACCGCUAGCACCCUCUCCUGGAAAAGAUGUGCCGGAUGCGGAGGCAAGAUCGCAGACCGGUUUCUGCUCUAUGCCAUGGACAGCUACUGGCACAGUAGGUGUCUGAAGUGCUCGUGCUGUCAAGCUCAACUUGGGGAAAUUGGUACCUCGUGCUACACAAAAAGUGGGAUGAUCCUGUGCAGAAAUGACUACAUCAGGUUAUUUGGCAACAGCGGAGCUUGCAGUGCUUGCGGACAGUCCAUUCCAGCCAGUGAAUUGGUUAUGAGGGCACAAGGGAACGUGUAUCAUCUCAAGUGUUUUACGUGCUCAACUUGUCGGAAUCGCCUAGUCCCAGGGGACCGGUUUCACUACAUCAAUGGCAGUUUAUUCUGUGAACAUGAUAGACCUACAGCUCUUAUCAAUGGUCAUUUGAAUUCACUUCAGAGCAAUCCACUACUGCCAGACCAGAAGGUUUGUUAAAAGGUUGGACUAAAACAAAGUGUGCCUUCAUCUCAAGUUCUUUCAUCGCAGAUGGAUCCCAUAUGUCUCCAGUAGACAAGUCACCUUUUGUAGCUAGCAUCCGUGCCAGCUUCACGCCAUUGCACCUUUUUUUUUUUUUCCUCUUUUUGGUUGCCCUUUCCACAUUUCUUGGUGUUUGAAAAUGACUGAAGACAUAUAUAUUAAGGACUUCAUGAUCCGGGCUAAUGGGGACACUGAGAU